CAUUUGAUUCAUUUCUCUUGCAACCCCUUACUACCAGAGACUACAUCUCUCUUCCCCCACCCCCAAAAAAAAACUUCUCUCUCACCGCCUCCUCCAUUGUCACAAGUCACAACCACCUCCCUUCUCUCCUCUCCAUCAUCGCAAUUCGCAACCCAUCCAAACAAAUUGGAUUGAAAUGCCACGUGUAGCAUCUCUCUUUUCAAAUUCCCCAUUUCAUUCCCCGCCCAAAUUCCUCAGCUUAUAUAUAACCAGAGCUCAAUAUGAUCACAGAUUAACCAAUCACAAAUUCACAAUUUCAAAUUUCUCUCUCUCUUACUUUCCUACUCCUCUCUUUCUCUUUCUACCAAUUUUAUCUUCCUUUCAAAAACUUCUUGAAGCUUCUCCAUCUAUUCUUUACAAUGGCAGAAUUGCAGAUCGUUGAAGGAAGCAACUCGGAAAAGCAGGAUUUCUUUGCUCUGAUAAAUGAAUGGAUUUCACAUGGUAUGAAUGCUGGAAAUGUGAGAAAACUUGAAGAUGCUGGGAUCAUUUCAUACACUGAGCUAAUGACACAACCAAAGGAGUAUUUGGCUGAAAUCACACAAUUGCCUGAGGAUAAGGUUGGUAGGAUUCAAAAGGCUGCUGAAAAUAUUGUGCACUUUGGUUACAUUAGAGGAAGUAAAGCUUUGCUCAGAGCCUUGGAGUGCCCUGAUGUCAUUACAGAAAGAGUUGCUCUGCUCAGAACAAACUCUGUGAUCCUUAUCACCUCCGAAAACCAGGCACAAGUGUUAAAUGGUGGAAUCGAGACAUUCACUGGAAUGUUGGGAGAAGUCAGCUCAGGAGACACUCAAAUAGCAAGUACCCAACGCGUCUCAACAGAGUGUGAUGGGGAGCUCAUGGUGUCGUUUCUACCUGAGUUCCCCAAUUUUGGAAACAACAAAUUUCUAGUUGCGAGCUUAAUUGAGGUUAUUUUGCUGUGUUUUGGAGGCCUUACUUAGACCUGACUUUGUUACACUUUCAGCUAAAUUGACUGAAUGCCACAGAUUGCACUGUUUCUUUGCAAGGCUUCUUGAAUUUUAUGCAGGUUUUUUUUGUGCAAACACAAUGUGCAAUUCUGAAUAACCUGCAUUGACAAAUUCUGGCCUGCAAAUUGGUCUCAGUUCAGGCCUGAAUAUUAUUUCAGGUUAUUUGUUUCAAGCCUGAAUAUUGAUGUCAAUAUAUUUCUUGCUGAAUAAUAUGGGAGUUAACUAUUGCAUUCACAAUUUCAGGCCAGUAUCUUGUGAAUAACCUGAAUAACCUGCUAUUUGCUGAAUAACCUGCUAUUAAUCAAGCCAGUAUUGAAAUUUUGAUUUCACAGAUAUUAAUCAAGCCAAGAAUUACUGUAAACUCUGAAAUGAAUUUCAUUAAUCCAAAGAAAGUGUACAACUGGAAGUACAUAAUUAAAAUCGACUACAAUGUAAUUGAAUUCACCAUUUCUAUUACUUCAACAUCACCAGAACAAUAAGAAUGACAACAGCCAUAAACCCUAGCUUUACAAUCUCCUUCAAUCCAUCAAUUUUUUUCCUUAACAGAAAGAUUUGAGCAUCAGAAUUUGCAGCAAGCUUCGCAAAACCAAUAAUAUCAGAUUCGUAGAGCCAUUUGAAGAACAUACAAUCAUCACAUCUGAAGAAUGCCUUCCUGAAAUUGAGUUCCGUCAGAGAGAGCUUCAACUUCGCGAGUUUUGGAGGCUUGCAUUUACAUUUGGGGCUUACAAACUCCAAUUUACAUGGCGAAAUCCUUGAAUAUGAGCAGUUGGAGGUUGAAAUGACAUUUUUCUCUUUCGUGGGUGACUACUGAGAAGAGUCGAAGAAAGAAGAUGAACAAGGCUGUUUCAAUCGCAAAUCAAUUUGGGGAUUUUAUAUCAUAAACCCUAAAAUUAAUUUGGGAAUAUAUUAUCCCUUAACCAUGGUUAACACUAAUUAAACAACACAUUAACAAAAAAUUAGUGGAAGGUUAUCAUGGAUAAAGAAACUUAAUCUCAGGGAUUUAUUAUAGACCGAAAAAAAUAGGGGUAUACCGUGCGAUUUUUCAGGGGCAUACCUUAGAAUUUCCCUUUAUUUUUUUAUUCUUUCUAUUUUUUUUUUUGAGAGUUUUUAUUCCUUCUAUUCUUAUGUAUGGAGAAUGCGAUUUUACCUCCAUGUUUUGAUAUGCUUUCUUUUUUUUAAUUUUCUUUGAAAGGAUAGACUAAUUGGCCAAAAGAAGCCAUGGUAUUUUUGAGGGGAUUUUUAUUCGAUUUUUUGGGGGGUUUGGGUCAUUUUUUUUUAAUGAUUUCCGAUCGAUUUUUUUUUAAUAUAUUUUUCAAUAUCCCAAGUCAAGCAUAUUAUUCAAUAUCUUGCACACACUCGUAGGCCUCGAGAGUCUCCCCUCACACCGUAGCUUGGGCCUGCAAUCAUACAAUAUUUUUUUAAUAAUAGCAAAAAAAAAUCAUUUACAUAUGCUCAAUCCCCUUUGCAAUCCAAUCUCAAUGGUCCAAAAACUAUAUUGACAUGGAUGGUUUCGAUGUAUAAAUACAUGCGAGGUAUGAUAUUGAACUCAACGUUAUUUCCAUGAGGUGAUUAUGAAACAAGAACUUAUGAACUAUGCGAGCUUGAGUCCGCUCAAGAGAGCUUAACUUGAAUUGUGUUCGAGUUGAAGAUAUUAAUGAGCCGAGUUAAGGAACAUAUAACUCCACUCAAAAAAACUUGUGAGAAAUUUGAAAAACACAAUAUCAAGUUCAAAUCAAGGCAAGAUGUCUCAAUAUAACAUGUCAUCUACUUUAUGAGUACUAUAGAUUUGAGAUGGCUUACGAGUUACUUCAAGUUGACUUGUUCAUAGCUAGACUAGAGUUGGUUAAAACUUAAAACUUGGUUAAAGCUCGAUUCGUCUGAGCUCAAACCAACCCAAGAUUGAUGCAGGAUCUUAAAUUCUCAACAAGUCAUAUUGAGCAAUCUCAAACACGAAUUUGACUCUGGUAAUAAUCACCCCUGUUCUAUCCAUCCCUUUAUUGGAUUACGCAAGUAUAUGUAUAAUUAAUUAUUUCCAUAUGUUACAUCCACAACUCACAAGUUUAUACAGUUCAAUACCCAACAUAGUACACCUACAGACAACUACACCUGAAUACCUGAUAGCCUACUGCAAAAAUUGGAUAGGACCAUUUUACAUUAUUUAAAAAAUGGAGUAUUCUGUCUUCAGUCAGUCAUUCACUGUACAGAGGAAACAUUGUGCCGGCCAGCGGAUUUACAUCCUUCAUCUUGAUUUCCUUAAGAAAGAUCCAAAUGUUCAACUGGCUGACAUUUUUGGAUCAAUUGCAUUGCAUUUCAUUAUGCAUGAAAAA